GUUUCCCGUGCUCUAGUUAUUGUCCGUCUAAAAUAGCAGGGAAUGGGUGUUUUACGUUCGGAAAUGGGUGUAAAUGGUGCGUCAUAAGCAUUUGCAAGUCCUCGGUGCCAAGAAAGUCAAUGGUUUACAGUUUUAAUGUGAAAAAAUGUAUGCUAGUGAAAAGUGAAAACAACGUAAACAGCAAUUCCGGUCUUUGGAACCACGCAACGAAAACAUAAUUCGUUCCGCCAGGCAACGCCAAGGGUGCCGCCACCAGGAUUAGCAGCAGCUGCUGCCCGUAUGCCUUGGAUGUGUGCCUGCACGUCAGCACUCAUUGGCCGCUACAAUCCGUCCCGUCAUCCGUCGUCUAGCUUCUCCGGAGGAGAAGGCAAACGCGCUUGCAAAUCCCAAAUCCGCCCUUUUAAUAAUAUCAUUCGGUGCGGGACACCGAGCACACCACACAGACACACACACCCUCUCGCGGCCCCCGGCAUCCAGUCGCUCUUGGUGCCGCAGGCGGUGUCCGCGGUCCGCGACGACCACCACGACCACUAUUCAGCGGUGCGCAUCGGGAAGGAAAAGCGAAAAUCUCUCGUUUGUCUGCCGUUUGGACGAUAGGGAAAAGGCAGCAAAGAAAGCAGCAGCCAACGUCGAGAAAAAGGAAACCGACCAAAAGCAGCAGCAGCAGCAACAACAACAACACAAAAACCCUUGUGCAAAGUGUUGUGCAGCUCUCCAGCGCACACAUCGCGGCCAUCCGCGGUCACAUACGUGUGAGUUUGAGUAGAUAUUAGUGGUGGCCUACUACUGGCCUAGUACCGUCUGCCGUAGUGCACUACGAGUACCAGAAGCUGCGUGCUAGCCGUGUGUAUGAACGUGACAUCGAAUAAGCUGCGCUUCCUGGCCCGCGGACUACGAGAAACACAACAAUUUAAACUCCCUCAAAACCGGCCGCAAUACGAUGGAUCUUCUGACUAAAACUGAAGUAAGCGCGGUGGUCGAGUUUGACUACACGGCCAAGGAGCCGGACGAGCUGACGCUGAAGAAAGGUGCCAUCAUAACGAACAUCAAGGUGCAGGAUGGCGGCUGGUGGGAGGGCACGCUUGCCGGCACCGGGCGCACCGGCGUCUUUCCGGACAACUUCGUCCGGGUGCUGGAAACACCGGACAAAAGUCAAGUCAUUCUAAGGGAUAAAAGUGCGACCAUAAAUCGGCGCUGUAAAGUCAUCUACAGCUACCAGGAGAACAAGGCGGACGAGCUGACGUUGGCGGUUGGGGAUGUGGUCGAAUUUUUCGAGGAGGUUGAAGAAGGAUGGUGGCGCGGUCGGUUGAACGGACGCGUCGGUGUAUUUCCUUCGAACUUCGUCGAGAUGAUCGAAUCGGUGUCUCCGAAGUCGUCGAGCCGUAAGAGUGGCAACGUCGGGGGCCUAGGAGUGACGGCGAUCGAUGGUGGCCCGGGCGGUGGACCCGGGCCGGGUGUGCUGGGCGUUAGCAGCAGCCUCUCCAAGAACAACAGUCUCAACAAGAGCCGGACGAGCCUGAACAGCUCGCGGGAGGAUCUGGAUCGGCACGAUGCGCCCUCGCUGCCACCGAAACCGGUCCGCGAACUGUGCAAGGUACUGUUCGCCUACCAGCCGGCCAACGAUGACGAGUUGAAGCUGGUCGAAGGGGACAUCAUUACGAUCCUGUCGAAGGAGCUGCCCGACAAGGGCUGGUGGAAGGGCGAAUUGCGCGGCCGGGUGGGCGUUUUUCCGGACAACUUCGUUUCGCUUCUGCCCCCGGAGGGUGGGGGCAAGUCUUCGGCGCACAUUUCGGCGUCGGUACGAUCGGUCGGAAGCAACAGUAGCGGGUACAGUAGUGCGAGUGGCGUCAGUGGGGGUCCCGGGCCGAUUGCACACCAUCCGGCCGUGGUGUCACCGAUCAAAGAGGUCAAACCGGAGCGUCCACCUGCGACGAGCAAGGUGCAAAUGUUCGGGUCCAAAACGGGCCAAGUGAGCGCACCGUCGGUUAACAAUGCAUCGUCCGGUUUCCGGAAGGAGAGUUUCGGCUCAAAGGAUUCGUUGAACGAGUCCACCGGCAGCAACGUGGGGAUAACGGGCGGUUCGCCGACCUACAACAGUGUGGCGGCCCACCGGAAAUCGCUCGAGAGCAAGGUGGCCGACUCGCAGCCGCAACCGGGCGUCGUAACGGAGAAACCGCCGCGCAAGAGCCUCGAAAACAAGGCGUCCGAUAUUCGCAAGAGUCUGGAAAGCCUGGACGAAAAGAAGUCCACCCCGCCGCCGGUGUUGGGCAAGAAACCGCAGGUUCCGAUCAAAAAGUCGCCCUCGAUCACGAGCGUCACCGGGAACCUGUUUUCCGGGCUGAAGCAGAAGGUGAAGGGAAGCGGUUCGGUGGACAAAACGGCCACCGGUGGAACGCAUCAGGCCGACGAAAGGGAUGGCAUUGGCGGAAGCAAGCCUCGGUCGGAGAUUGCCGACAACGGUGAUCGAUCGAUCGUGGGUGAACGGAUCGAGGUGGAGCUGGGGCAUGUCGAGCGGGGUACUUCCGUGCUGAAGGACAUGCGUGCGAACCGAGCGAAAGCCCCGAAGCGACGACCUCCUUCGUCACCGAGCAGUAUUAUAGGAGAUCCGGCAUCGACCGCCGGAACCACCAACGGAGGUGGCCCUUCGCUAAGCAACGGCAACGCAGGGCUGUUCAGUCAGCUUUCGUUGUCGUCGGAACCGGAAAGCCCCAAGCCGGACGUUGUGCCGGAGUCGAACGACGACGCACUGCUCGCGAAGGUGCCAAAGGCGCGCGAAUGGGAAAAGAACAAAGUACCGUGGAUGGACGAGCUAAAGGCGAGCCAGGCGAAGAAAACGACCGCCGCGGAAAGUAAAUCCCCCGAGCACCAUCCCUCCCUGCACUCGGUUAGCAACAACACUAGCAAUAGCACCAACACGCACUUCCACCAGGAAGAGUCGUCGAGCAUUUCCAAGUCGUUUCACGCGAGCUCGACCGGUAUCACCACCACCACCACACACCUGGUUAACGCACCGUCGGGCAAUGUGGCCCGCGCACGGCUAAUGGAACGGUCCGCCACGACGACGAGCGUACCGUCGACGGAAAGUAACCACGUAAACGCAAAUACCAACGCCACCAGCGGUUCGUUUGAUCACAAUACGUCCUCCGGCAUCCUAAGGAAGGAACCGACACUAGCUUCCUCGACGCCGAUCAACGAUCUGCAGCAGCACUCCGUCUCCACGUCCUCCUCUACCACUUCCAGUGUUAGCGCGAUGACCAAGUCGAUGUCGGCACUGUCGACUAACAGCAGCAGCAGCAGUACCACAACCAACGCCGCCGCCGCCGCGUCCACCACCACCACCAAAAUUGCCAUUUCCUCCUCGUCAUCAUCCACGGCGUCUUCGGCGGUGCCGGCGACAACGACGGUGGAAAACAACAACGGCACGCACGACGCGACCAACCUGCCACCAUCGCCGGCGAACAACCGGCCGCUCAGUGUGCACCUGCGGAACACGAGCCUCUCGCCGACACCCCAGAACCGGAACGCCAAAACGAUCCACAUCGUCGGUGGUGGCAGCACGGGAAAACCCUCAAAUGAGGCACCGGGUACCAUCACCACCGGCGGCGUCUCGAUGGACAACGUGUGCGGUCGGGUGCAGGAUCUCGAGCAGAAGGUACACCGCAUGGAACGCCAGCUGACGGCCCAGCACGGGCUGAUCGAGGAGCUGACGCGGAUGCUGCGCGACGAGUCGGACAAGGUGCGGACGCUGCAGAAGGAGCUGGAAAAGUACGCCCAGUGCGUCACGCAAGUAUGAUAGACGGAGUAACGGGCGGUGGGAGAGUGUGGUCAUCGUCGUCGUCGUCGGUUCGACGCACGCUGUCCCACCUUUAUUACUCCACAACUUUAAAGAAACAACAAAAACAAAACCGUACUAAUCCUACCCUCUCGUUACUUCUACUAGCUACUAACUAAUACUACUACUACUACUAUUAUUACUACUGCUAGGUCUAUCUAUUAGAGACGAUUAGGGGGGAAGUGAGAAGAGAAGCAAACAGAACGUUGUCGUCGGAAAUGCGCAAACCCUUUACACUUAAGGAACCCUUAACUAACGCACCCUUGUGUACAGUGGAACGAAUUGGGUAGGACGAAAUGGGGGGGGGGAAAGAUGGGAAAGAAAUUCCCAUCAUCGGAGAAUUGAACACAUGCACAAAACAUUCUUUUCGAUUCCAUUCCGGGCGCGCACGGAUCGGUUCGGUAGAUUCCGGUAAUAGUUGGUCGUCCGUCAAUGGCUCCCCGCCGGAAGGAAGUGCAAUAGAUAUUUAGUUUCUAUUGUUUAGCUUAUUCAUUCAGCUAGCUUUUAUGUAGCCGUUUUGCCACGGGGGAAAACGGAAAGCGGAGGGUGGAAGGACAGUGAUUUGCAACUGUACGUUCGUCCAUUUCCACACCUUAUUCUAGGGCGGAAGAGCGAAAUUUAACAAAUGUACAUCGAGCGAGAAAAUGUGGAACGUUGCUCGUUGUUCCAGUUUCCACAUUACUUUAAACCUAACCCGAUACGACAUCUUUUCCUACAUCAAUCAUUCCCUAUAUUACGCAAGCGAUUCGGUGAUAACUAAUAACACAACAUGAUGGCACACGGUGGAGAGGAACGUAUAACGCAAAAAGUAUUGACAAAAACUAGUAAACUGCUAAACCGUAACGGCAAUUAUUAUGUACACGAACGCCGGAACCAUAGUGAUGAAUCCUAUCGUAUAUCCGCACGUUUUGCAGUGGAUAAUUUCAAAAUAAUAAAAUACAACAAUAAUUA